CUGUCACAAGGGGGCAGUGUUCAAAUGUCAGUACACUGUGACCCGUAGAAGAAAACAAGCUAAAGAGGAACAUAAUUUAGUUGUGGUUUGUUUCGUUGUUGAUGUAAUCGUAAAACUGUCCUUUUAUGCGUCAGCUCCAUAAGUUAAAGAUGACGCGCUGAAUAAUGAUAUAUAUUCGCUUUAAUUUUCGUUUUUCAAUUGUUAAUCCGAGCUCACGAGCUACUAAAACAAGACAUCGGCGUCUGGGCAGAGCUCCUCUGGGACCCACAGGAUGAUCAAGUUUGUUCUGAUGGUGAACCAGCAGGGUCAGACCCGGUUGUCCCGGUACUAUGAGCCCGUGGAGCUGAGCAGGAGAGCGGCUCUGGAGGCCGACGCCGUCCGCUGCUGCCUGAGCCGCAAGAAGGACCAGUGUUCCUUUGUGGAGUACAAGGACUUCAAACUGGUGUACCGGCAGUACGCUGCCCUGAUCAUCGUGGUGGGAGUGUCGGACGGCGAGAAUGAGCUGUCCAUCUACGAGCUGAUCCACAACUUUGUGGAGGUUCUGGACAAACAUUUCAGCAGGGUGAGUGAACUGGACAUCAUGUUCAACCUGGACAGCAUCCACAUCAUCCUGGACGAGAUGAUCCAGAACGGACACAUCGUGGAAACCAACAAGAACCGAAUCCUGGCUCCACUCACCGCCAUCAACAAGAUGGUGGAGGGAUGAGGGUUCUGCAGAACCUCCUGAUGAUCCGGAACUGCAGAAGAAACCAGGAGCAGGUGGAGGUGAAGACCACCGAGCUCCUCCAGAAAUGAGUUCCUGUUACUCAGCAGCUGAAGGUCAGCUGAUCUGACAGGAAGUUUGUGUAGAAACUGUUUUUUUUCAAAAUAAAAUACUUUAAAUUGAA